UUUACGAGAAACCCAUCACCAGAUUUCGUUGCUCGAGGUCUUGCUCGAAGAGCAUCUGAUCUCCGAUGCUACUGUAGCUUUUUGCGCAUCAGAAACAGCUCUGAAAACCGAGUCGUCUUUCGAGAGUCUCGUUGAGAGUGUUCUUUUUUUUUUUUUAAGUCAUGGAGAAUAUGGGAGAUUGGGAAAAGAUGAACUUGCUGAAUGAGCUGAUACAGGGCAAAGAGCUCACCAAGCAACUCCAGGACCAACUCCAUUUACCCGUUUCAUCAUCUUCUUCUUCUUCUUCUUCGUCGCGUGAUCAAACCCAUGAAAUGCUCAUCCACAGGAUCCUGUCCUCAUAUGAUAAGGCGCUGUCCAUGCUCAAUGCGGAGCCUCCAGUCGGAGGGUGCCUGCGCCGGUUGUCCGAGUCGCCCCCAUCGCUCGGUGGGAGCCCGAUGAGCGGAGGAGACUCAGACCGGGAUCUUAACGACGGUUCUACUCAGAGGAAGAGAAAGGCGAUACAGCGUUGGACAAAGCAGGUCAGGGUCGCCCCAGGCUCCGAACUCGAAGGGCCGCUCGAUGAUGGAUUCAGUUGGAGGAAGUAUGGUCAGAAGGACAUUCUUGGAGCCAAGUAUCCGCGGGGCUACUAUAGGUGCAGCCAUCGGAAUGUCCAAGGUUGUCUGGCUACCAAGCAAGUGCAAAGAUCCGACGACGACCCCACCGUCUUCGAGAUCACAUACCGCGGACGGCACACGUGCAAUCACCCCCCUGCCGCCGUCGUCCCUCCUUUUCCGCUGCCUGAAAAUCAAACCGGGUCCAGUGCCUCCCUCGACGGCCCCCCUCUCCAAAUCAUACAACCCCAACCUGAACAAAACCAAACGCAGUCGCAAGACGUUGCCUUCGACUUCCGUGGAGACCUCGCAGUCAUAACUCAGAACUUGGACUCCAACAAUGACGAUCACAACCAAUCUUCUUCCAUGUUCGGCUUCCCUUCCGCCUCGGAUAAUAUCUUCGGCGUCAUGAGUAACAGCAGCCAUUUCUCUAGUACCUCUCAUUUCCUAUCUUCCUUCCAGGCCGGCCCGAAUUUAGGCUCUACAGAAUCCGAGCUCGCUAUGAUUGUCUCAGCCGCUACUUCAGGGAACAACUCUCGAGCAACAGCACAUUUGGAUUCAGAUCUUCCGCCUCGCGGCAUGGAGUUCGCUAAUGAGGACAUUUCCUUUGACAGCACCGGAUUCUUUCCCUAGAUUUUGAACCCAAACAAUCUAGGAAACACUGUGGUAAUAUCAAGAGUUAUAGUUAUAGGUUUGAACUUUAGGCGUUUGCUUUUUCCAGGUUAUAGCUUAGGCAGCAAGGAAAGCUAGACAGAUUGAUGUCUCCUUGCUCUUCUCUAAUUAUACUUCAUCAAUCCUAAUUACUCGGUCGACGGAUAGUAUAGGAAACUCUUCAUUUUUAAGUUUUCGCUUCCUGCGAUAUCGAUUGCUCAUGUUACGUGAUUGUAUUCAGCUCAUCAAGAAUAAAAAGAUUUGAAUGUUUUACAUAGUUUUUCUGUCCCUGA